CUGGGCCAUUCAAUGGUCUCGUGAUGUAAUAUAACUCUAACUUGCCGCGACUACGAGAACUAGCUUUCGCAGCGCACGAGCCGCCGGUUCCAGCUUCUCAGCAAACCAGGUUUUGAUGGUUGUCUCAUUCCAAAUCCUUCUAAUUAAUCUCGAUUAAGCUCAAUUCUGCAGAAAUAUAUAGAGAUUGUUUUGGAUUUAGUCGUUUUCGACGUCGUAUUCUACACAAUGGCGGAUGAGGAUGUUGUUGAUCCAAAGAAGUAUCUUGAAGAUGCUUGCAAGCCUAAAUGUGUGAAGCCUUUAAUUGAAUAUGAGGCAUGUAAAAAGAGGAUUGAAGGCGAUGAAAGUGGCCACAAACACUGUACUGGACAGUACUUUGACUACUUGUCAUGUAUUGAUAAAUGUGUGGCACCAAAGCUGUUUUUGAAACUGAAGUAAUUAAGUGGUAACUGGGGCUAUCUCACUGUUUUCUUUUUAUUCUUGGUACUGUCAGCUAAAAUGGCAGAAUUCUUUAUUGGGUCAUUCUGCAACCAAAAACUAUAUCUAUUUUGGCAUUUGCUGCUGUUUCUUAGAGCCUUUCCUCCGGAACUGAAUCUUUUUGACCUGGAAUAAGAGAACUUUUUACUGCUGGUUUGAUA